ACUCUAUCACUCUGCAAGGACAUCCUGAGGGAGAGGAGGGAGGGAGAGAAAAAAACAGACAGUGGAAGGAAGAGAGACAUUACAACUGUGGUGGAGAGAGAGAGAGAGCAAGGGCGGGUGAAGAACUAAAUGAGAGAACAAGGAAGGAAAAAAACAUGGUUAUCAAUGGGGGUGAAAGAGGAAGGGAGCACAAAUAGAUAAAAAAAAGGGGAUGGAGACAAAGAGGUAUGCAAUAAUAUUGAAAGAGAGAAGAAAGGCGAGACAGCCGUUCUGUUUGGUUUUUAGGAUCGGCUCUGACCCUCCCCCGGAUGGUUGGGCCCUGCAGUUGAUUCGGCCCAUCCCGGGUAGGUCGGCGCGGGACGUGUAAUUAGCCGCGCCGCUAGGAUGAAUAACCUCCGGCGGGGAGUUUUUCAGCUGCCGUCCUGUCUCUCGGCACCGAGGGAGGAGUUAACUCCUCUUUCAGGCAAGCAGCAGCCUGCAGUGCGAGAGCACACUGUGUGAGUAGGUGUGGGUAUGUACCGUAAGGUGUUCCGAGCACCUGCGUGUGACUGCGAGUGUGUCUGCAGGCUCAGCCCUCGCUCGCAUGCUCCGUGGCUCAAUACAGGGAGACGGUCUGCGUUUCUAAUUCGUUCGCGACAGUCGGACUCCCUCUUCUUUUGCUCCAGCGGUCGGGGAGGAGGGCGGAGAAUUGGGGGGAAAGAAGCCAGAUUGCACUGGCUAAGGACACGGAGCAGUGAAGCAGCAGAGGAGAGGUUAGCCUGUGUGACGCAGACGCGAAAGACCACCGGCGGGGCAGGCAAGGGAAGUUUUGAAAUGUAACUGGGGCAGCAUGCACCAAAAGGACCGGCCUUCCCCGCUUCACCCUCCCCCCGUCCUCUCUGACUGCCAGUCCUGGAUGACACAAUACCUGUAGCCAGGUCCUGUCGCUUUCUGGCCGGAGGAUGUUUCGCAAGAAGAAGAAGAAGAAGAAGCUGGAGAUCUCCGCGCCCAAGGACUUCGAGCACCGGGUCCACACCUCCUUCGAUUCCAAGGUGGGGAACUUCGUGGGCCUGCCCCCCCAAUGGCACGGCCUCAUCGAGACCCCGCGGCGCCCCAAGCCCGUGGUGGACCCCUCCACUAUUACCCCCUUGGAGCUUAAGCCAAAGAAGACUGUUGUCCGUGGGAGCAUUGUCGGACACGGGGAAUACAUUGCUGCAGCGUUGUCGCAGCUGAGCCACCUCUCGGUCACCAGCUCGAACGCACUGCGGAAGACCAGUCCCUCAGAAAGGGAGAAGGCGCCCCCCUUGGGCCGGGUCGAGAAAGCGCAGGGCGAUGGGGACCGCAAGUUGGAAGUCACCGUCGACGACAGCAGAGGCGGGGCCAGAACACACAAUGAGGGCAGUGAGAACUGGAGCCACGCCCCCUGGCCCCAGCCCAACUCUACCCACAAGGCAAGCCCCUCCACCUGCUCCAAUGGGACCACGCCCCUUGCAGCUGCUGUGGAGCUUCCCUGCCCAGGGACACGCGUCCAUAAAGGGGAGGCGGUCCCCGCGGACAAGCCUGAACAGAAUCUGGGCGUGGCACCCCAGUCGGUCUCCGUCUCUGGCUUCGGCCCCCCGGAGACAUUUUCCCAGCAGCCUCAGGCGGACGUCAGGACCCACACGCCGGAACCUCAAUUCAGUAACCCAGCCCUGGCCCGCCUUUAUAGGAGCUUCAGCAGACCCAACUCUUACAAUCCGCAGGCCUCCUCCUUCCAGAGGCAUCACUCCUUUCACAAUGGCAUCGGGGCCCCCCUCCAGAGAAGCCUCAGGACGUACCAAGCUGUGCGGGUCCCGGCCAGCUAUACCGCAGGACUGUCCCCGCACAUGUACGCGAGGCGGGGGGGUACCAGGCCCGCCCUCCCCAGGCAGGACGGCAUGGCCCAGCCCCGCCCCGCCCCCGCCGGCUCCCCCUCCCCCGGCGGCCCCCGCGCCACCUGCUCUCCCUCCCUCCUGCGCCCCCAGCGCUCCUCCGCGGACCCCGCCCCCGACCCCCCCGAGGUCACCCACGAGCAGUUCAGGGCCGCCCUGGAGCUGGUGGUGGACAAGGGGGACCCCCGCUGCUACCUCGAGAGCUUCGUCAAGAUCGGCGAGGGCUCGACGGGCGUGGUCUGCAUCGCCCGGGAGAAACACGGCGGCCGACUGGUGGCCGUGAAGAUGAUGGACCUGUGCGGGCAGCAGCGCCGGGAGCUGCUCUUUAACGAGGUGGUGAUAAUGAGGGACUAUCGGCACAAGAACGUGGUGGAGAUGUAUAAAAGUGCCCUGGUGGACGAAGAGCUGUGGGUGAUCAUGGAGUACCUCCAGGGCGGCGCUCUCACCGACGUAGUAUCCGAAACCAGGCUGAACGAGGAGCAGAUUGCAACGGUGUGUGAGGCCGUGCUGCAAGCUCUGGCCUUCCUCCACUCCCAAGGUGUCAUCCACAGGGACAUCAAGAGUGACUCCAUACUGCUCUCCCUGAACGGAGAGAUCAAACUCUCAGACUUUGGGUUCUGUGCCCAAAUCAGCACAGACAUCCCCAAGAGGAAGUCCAUGGUGGGGACCCCGUACUGGAUGGCCCCAGAAGUCAUCUCCAAAAUACCUUAUGGCCCUGAGGCGGAUGUGUGGUCCCUGGGCAUCAUGGUGGUGGAGAUGGUGGAUGGAGAACCUCCGUACUUCGACGAGACGCCGCUGGUGGCCAUGAAGAAGCUGAGGGACGAGCCUUCGCCCACUGUCCGGAAUGUGCACAAGGUCUCCCCGAUGCUGAUGGACUUCCUGGGACGCAUGCUGACCCGGGACCCCCAGGAAAGAGCGAGCGCCUCCGAGCUGCUAGAGCACCCCUUCCUCCUGCAGGCAGGCUCGCCCCGGUGCCUAGUGCCCCUGGUGGAGAUGCACCGCAAGCGCAUAUCCAGAUGCUGACCCAGGGCGGCCUCGCCUAUGCUCUACCCGCCUCCCACCCCCGAACCUCAACACAUGCCCCCUAAUUCAGAAUUGGAAGGGUGGCAAAAAGCUACUUCGAGAUAAAUCCGCUGGUGAAUGACAUGCAGUCGUUCAUAUUCCUCUUUGGCAGCAUAAGGAGAACCUGUCAGAGCAGGUCCUGAAAGUGGGAGGAGCCAGGAAUUUAUCUCAAUCUCAUGGACUUUCAUUAAAAAAGUGUCAUUUAAAAAUGUGCAGUAUUGACUUCUGGAAUCUUCUGACUUGAGAAAAAUUCUAGCUGGUGCCAGAAUGAAACAAAACAAUAAAAUGAAUAGGUGUUACUAAAAGACAUUUUGAGCAGGAUGGCACCCGUUUGCUGGGAGGCCUUUGAAAUGGACACUGCUGACUGUGCAAUCCGAACAGUUUGGCAUUCAGAUGUUGUGAAUGUCAGCUUUUCUUUAUGUCGCGGGAUUACAUUCGUUUUUUUUAUAUGCACUGUACACGAUUUUAGGAUUUGUAUGAAGGCUUGUCUGAAGGUUGUAAAGAACAUUUUUUAAGACGUGUGAAAAUGUGUCUCUGUAGAACCAUUAAAUCUCGUCCUACAGCAAGAAUAACUUGCUGUACCUCUC